AUGGUCAAAAGAGGAAGUGAUCGCGAAAGAGAAAGUGAAAGUUGUGACCGCGACAGGAGGGACCACGAGAAAAGCGGGCGAGAUCUGAGUGAACGCAAAGAGAAGUUUGACGCGUACACUCAACUCACCACAUCUAGAAGCCAGAUCUAUUUAAUGAAUAAAGAUAGCGAUAAAUGGCAGCGUCCGAAGCAGAUGUUCCACAAGAAUCAGGACAAGAGUAAAUGGUGUGAUUUCCACGGGGAUCACGGCCACCUGACUGAGGACUGCCGGCACUUAAAGGAUAAUCUGGAGGAUUUGGUGAGAAGAGGAUAUUUCAGCCAGUAUAACGCCCAAACUAAGGAAGGAGAUCUGGUGAAGCCGGUAAACCAGACGGUUCAGUCAAGGAUCAGUGAGAUUCAUGUGAUAAGUGGUGUACCCAUUCAUGGCGGAAGCGUGAACGGGGCAAAGGCAAGUUUAAAAGAGUUCAGACACAAAGUUAAUUUCAACGACCGCCAGCCAUGCCGAAUCCUGGUUGACGGAGGAAGUUCCGCCAACAUAUUAUACCUUUCAGCAUUUGAGAAGCUGAUGAUAGGACCGGAGCAUUUGAAGCCCGUCCGAUACCCAGUAAUAGGGUUCACAGGGGCAUCUGUGACCCUAGAGCGCCUAUUGAGCCUCCCGGUCCGAAUUGGACAUGAUGCCGAACCCCGAGAUGUGAUGACGGAAUUCCUAGUGGUUGACGUACCUGGAGCUUAUAACGCCAUCACUGGGCGUCCUAUCAUCCACGACGUUCAAGGAAUUGUCUCUAAAUAUCACCUUACUAUGUUGUACGUCUCUAAUGUGGGGACGACAACCAAGUUGAAGGGAAAUCAAGAGGCAGCUAAGUCAUGA